AUGAACGCAAUUGUCGUAAUUUUGCCGCUCAUUCUGACAGUUGCACGCUGUGUGGUGUUCAAGUAUAAUGGAGGCAAGUUACAGCAGAGCAAUUUAAUUUUAUUCCAUCGGGAAAAUAAUGUGGAUUUGUCCGCCGCAAAAUGCCUCUGUCACACACCGAAUCUCAAGCCGCGGCUAGCCGUCGCAAUGCGAUGAUGGGCGACUCCAAUGCGCGACGAAUCCACAUUAUUUUCCCGGCACACUGAUGCAUAGUCUCUAUGCAAUAAUUACUUUUGACCUCUUCUGAAUUACUGUUUAUGAUAGCCUUAAUUUCCAGAUGUCCCGUCAAUUCCGAUGAACUACUCGGCUGAUGGAGAAAUUCAAUUCUCCGCUGCUAUCAAAAUCGAUGCUAGGGAGACGUUCGUUUUGGGGAAACCGUGUGGUAUUCAGAGCAAAUGCACUGUUCAGCCGCACACGAAUGUUUACGAUCCGCAGUAAGUCAAACACAAUUGGUUUUUUUGCAUUGGGCGCCUAACUGCUACUAGGCUGGCCAAAAACUCUAUCUUUUUGCAUCGUAAAUCUUCAUAAAAUAAAAAAAUUGAUCUCCAAACCGAUUUAUUUUAGAAAAUACGGAGGAAAGAAAGUUGGAGGGACCAACCUUAUCGUCCUUGACGGUAAAGCUUUGCUAUGCCAUGUGUAUGAAACUCCAAUCUUUACACCCGCAUUCAACGCCACUCCCGCGUUGUUUGUUGCCAUUGCAUCAUCCGGCGGACCCGCAUCUCUCGCUCAAGAUGGAGUUUUAGCGCUUAAUUUUGAACGCUUUCCAAAAUACUCUGGCUCUUUCCGCAGAUUGCUAGAGUUAGUUACGAAUAAGGUCAUCAUUUUCCGCAGAGGCGCUUUCAAGCAACAACUGGUAAGAUUUUUAUGAUGCAAGAAAAAUUGGAUAGCUAACAAGCGCCUUACGACCUUUUUCAGUCUGAUAAACGGAUUACUGAAACGAAAGGAGUGUUUUCUUUGGGGGAACAGAAGAUUAGUGGUUGCGGAGACUUCACAUACCGAUACACGGAUAAAAACGCUGGAUGGAGUAUUAAAGCGGAGUAAGUUAACUCGCAAAAUAGCAAAAGUUGAUCUAAAAGUAUCGAAAAUUUGAUUACUUUAGCAUCACUAUUGGUGGAAAGCUCUAUUCUGGGCAGCAAAUCAGUUUCUCUGUUGAUCAACCCUCCAAAUUCCCUGCGGCAAUUUUCGAGCAAUUCAAGGACAAAGAUGAAGCCGAUCUGCCUGAAGCCGUAUUCGAAAUUGAAGGUUCAAAGUUCACUUUGAACAGACAAAAUCUGGUGCAAUACAAAGCUGGAAAGAUGAGUUUGGACGUUGAAACAAAUUCUCGACCAACUAUCGUCUUGGGACGCAACUUUUUGAAGGAUUUCUGUAUUGCGCUGAGAACAAAUGGCGACCUGGCUUCCCCGGAGAUCGGAUUGGCCCCGAUAAUCAAGCUGAAGGAUGACCCAGAAUGGGAGGAGUUGUAA